AUUCAGUAACCUUGAGAUCUUUCCGUUUUUCCGCUCAGGGAAGCCUUGCUUUGACCUUGAGAUCACUUAAGUAGGGCUUCGUUACAUGGAGCCUCAGAUAGUACCAUUGUUGAAGCUUACACCAUUAGAUAACCCUCCGAAGUUCUUAAUACCUCUACAGUCUGCUGGAAAGUUUGUUAAGAAGUUAAGGGAGUCCGAGGCCAAUGUUGUGGACUCGCAGGCCAAUCGUUCCGGUUCUGAUGAGGACCAGAGAGCAUUACAAGCUGGUCUGUUAUAUCUGGCUCUUACUGAGCCAGAUCCCAGGCACUCGUUUUGUACGGAUAUUGUAUUGACCUCUCGUGACAACUUAACUUAUGUCCUAUCAGAAAUGACUCGCUUGGUUGCGGAAACAUGGCCAAAAAUGACCCAAAGUGUUCGAUGCAACCUUAUAUCAUUGUUGGGGGAGUUUAUAUCGACGAAGACUGCCAGUGUUGAGGUGUUGAUGCUCCACGUGUAUCGAAGAAUGACAACUGGUGAUAUUUCUCCUCAAAACCUGUGGCUCAUAGACAGCAUGGCGGAUCUUCUGGAAAAAAACAAAGAUUGGCUAGGGAGUUUGGAAAGACAACCGUUUUUGCUUCCCCUAACUGUAUAUACCUUACUCCGGCUUAUCCCAGAUCAUCAUUUAUCUCCUCAACAGGCUUCACUAGUCACUUCAAAUCCUUCUGUCCAUCUGUCCAAGUUACGACAGAAAGAAUUGGUUUUGGUUGAAGAGCUUGUUCGGAAGAAUUUUGACCGUUGCGCCCAAAUUGGCCGUGAUUUCAUUCGUCUCCUACAUGGCGUCGCACGUCUGGAACCUAUGAAGCGUUUGUGGGAUGAUAUACUACAAAAUAUUUCUUCUUUGUCGUCUCAUUUUUCAAGUCCCGCUGAAAUUUUGGAAAUCACCACACCUCAGUGUUUUACACAGACCCUUAUACCACAUGAAAUGGAACAGUGGGUUCGUUGGAUGAUGAAAAAUGUUCAUUGUGUUCCGAGAGUUCCUGUUCAUCGUUAUCAAGACUUUUUCCAAAGGAAAUUCUUUUCAACUCCAGAAAGUCAGAGUCUUCGUGUGUGCCUUUUGCGUUACGUUGUGACUUACUUUUAUCCUGAUAAUGAAAUGUUAGCCUCCACCUUAAUACCACGAUGGAAUGUGGUUUCUUGGAUUCUUUCUCAAUCUACAUGUCCUGUUGCCACUGUUAAUGCCAAAUUGGCUCUGUUUUAUGAUUGGCUCUUUUUCAAACCAAAUGAUUGUAUAAUGAAUUUGGAACCUGCUUUAUUAGCUAUUAUGAAUCAUCUUAAUCCGCGUUCACAGCUGAUCGCAUUUUCACUUGUUGACUUUUUGAUUAAAAUUGUUGGAACCUAUUAUCCCCCAAUGACUGAAAGAAUCGUUAUGGGUGUUCGUUCUGGUCUGGAGGAAAUGAUUCGUUUAGGUGUUGUGAAAAGCAUCGCUCCUCUAUUCGAGUUUUUACACCGUUCGUCUUCUUUGGAUUUGUUGCGAUCACUUCGUGUUUUGUUGGGUCUUGAGCCUAAUACUACUUUGACAAGUAUAGCAGUCCCACCUGUGGAAAACCCUAGUCGUCCGACACCUGAAAAAUGGCCAGGACCAGGUGAUACCCCAGUGGUGAGCACGAACUUGAGCUCUGUUGCGAAUUUCACGGUUGUUUCUCGCAAUCAAACUACAUCUUUAACGGUCACUAGGUCUUUAUCACCAGUCACAUUAAUGACAGAUAGUGGACCACCAACAGACCCUCGUUUGACACGGGGUCACGCUGCUAUUCUCGCUGGGGCUGUCCCCACAAAUCUAAAUUCUACAUUAACUGAAAAUCUUCCUAAACCUAUUUUAACAACAUCCGAAAUAAUUCCAAGUCUUCAGACAAGCAUACCAAAUACUUUACAGCAAAAUCCAUUACCAUUUACUGUUUCACAGGAUGACUCAAAAACUUCAAUUAUCCCUGCACGUAAUACGUUGCCUACACUACCAUCUCUACCACGUAGUUCCCAACAAUUAACAGAAGUUCAAAUAACCGACGACUUGGAUAUAAUGGAGAUUAAUAUUUUGGAAAAUAAACCAGCACUCACAAGAACUGCCACCUGGAGCCCACCACCAAUAGAAAGUCGGCGUGUAAUCAAGAAAUCAGUUGACCAUGAACCAGAUACUCCAGAUUCACUGGAGUUCAAAAUUGAUAGUCUCCGGCGUCGAUUUCAAGAUUAUCAAAUUAGAUUUCAUUACUUUGUCGAAUCUGUUGACGUAAAUUCCCUGAUUAAACAACUUGAUGGACCUAUACGGACAGCACUGGAACAGUUUCGUGAUGUAGCUAAACAAGUUGGCCUAAUACGUAAUUCUUCGAUUGGUUUAUGUGCUUCACAAAAUUUGGAUGAUUUGGAUAAUGGCUGCUAUGAUCAGGAACAAAAUUCCUCCGUAUAUCUUCGCUCUGCGUCUGUUCUUAAUGAUUUGUGCGAGUCAAUGGAGACUCUCAUUCAAGCGGUACUUGUUGAAGACAGCUUCGAUGAUUUAGAGAUCGCUGGUCGGACAGCAGCUGUUGUAUGCGAAUUACUGUUCUGUUUAUUUGCACAACGUUUGAUGCCUGUUGGAGUUGAGUGGUCUGAAGAACAUUUGGAAGAUUGCUUAGAAUUCCCGAUAUUUAUUCCUUUCCGUCAUCUUUUACAAAUGAAUCCGGGCGAUCCCAAACGUGAAUUGCUCUUAUUAUUGUUAACAGAGAUGCAAACUCGACAACCUCGUCUCGGUUAUCAUUUAUUAUUUUUCCUUAAAGUUAGCAAAGUAAAUGAUGAGAAAAUGUCGAUUUAUCGUAAUUUUUGUGCAAGUCAAGAAAAUCCUAACUUACGAGAUUCUUUAUUCAAGGAUAUGCAAUUGCUGUCUGAUGAUAAUCGUCGCCUGUUCGCGUAUUUACUUCCAGACGUAUUCACUGUGUUUUCAUCAGAACUAUCUAAUGACACGGAAUUUCUUCGAUUAAUUGUUGCUACCAUUGAUCCUGGAAUGUGUAAUUCUCUUAUAAGUGAAAUAGUUCGUGGACAUUUAAAUCUCUUUCCGAAUAACGAUUUGACCAAUAUAUUAAAUGCCAGUCUUGAAUGGAAUUCGAUUGAACAGUUAUUCUUUUGGCAGUUGAUUAAUGCUCAUGAAAUUCCAACUAGUCGAUUUCUACCGUUGAUUCAUUCUGUCGAUUCAUUUAAGCAUCCUGAAGCAUGUUCCAAUUUGAUUCUUCUCCUUAAAUUAGAAAAACCUAGCUUUGAAUUAGUUCGUGCUUUACUAUCUCGUCGUAAUUCAAAUGAUUUACUAUCAAUGACUGCACUGCACUUUUGGAGCUGUCCGGAUAAUCAACAUGCUGGACGUUUCUCAAACAUUUUAUGUUCGUUUAUCAAUGCACCUUUAUCUUCAACAAAUGCAGUUGGUGUAUCUUCAGCUACUAAUAAUCAAAAUAUGAAAGACGUCAAGGAUAAACGCCGCAGUUCUUCAAAACAUCAGCUGUCACCUGAGGAUUGUGUGGACCUAUCACUCAUCCUUACCCACUUGGAUUCUCUUCGAAGAAAUUGUAAAAAUAUUUCAUUAUUACAAGAUGAUGAUAUACAAUCAGCUCUUCAAUCUUUAGUGGUAUCGCCUAAAUUAUCUCCAAAUCUUAAAGAUCGUUUCUCUGACUUAUUGGCAUUAGUUGAAGAUCUUCCACCAACAUCUAGUGAUUGUCAUUCACAAAUAUCAGAUUCUUUGUCACGUUGCAAUUCUUCAGUUCAUAUUAAUGGUGAUGUGUAUAAAAGUGACGUUAGAAAAAAUUCAUCUGAUCGAAUAAAACCUACUAGUCAUGGUGGUAGCAAAGGUGGACAUAGUCUUCGUAAUUUAGAUUCACGUCGAGCAGCUGAAGCAGAAAGGCGGCAAGUAGUUUCAACUUACAGUAGUAAUUCAACUUCUUCAAAACGACAUAAUCGAAGCGAUAGUCAGUUGAAUAAUUUUGAUGGUGAUUCUGAUGGUAAUGAAGUUGGUUCUGUGACUAGUGACUCGUCAUCUUGUUCGUCCGAAGAAGAAGAGUCAACAAUCAGCAGAAAAACUAGAAGUGGAGCAAUGCGUUCUGUAGAUAAAUCUACGAAUAAAUUAAAAACAAGUGGAGGCAAACGUGUAAACAGUGAAGUAGCAGUAUCAAAGGAUCGUAAGUCAACAAAUAAACGUUCAACUAGUCGUCAAGAAGUAGAUGAUGAAUCUGUUAAAAGUGAAGAUGAUGAGGAUGAUGAAUAUGAAGAUCGUGUAUUGGAAGUUGUUGUGAUUGAUGAUGAAAGUGGCGAUGAUUCCAAUAGUUCCAGAGCCACUACGUCACGAGGUAAUAACAAUAGUAAUAAUAAUGAUAAUGAUGAAGUCGAUGACGAUUGCAGAAUACGUCCAUCAAAACGUCGUAAAACAACAAUAAAGCGUUUUAUGUUAGAUGACUAAUUAUAACGUUAGAAAAUUUCUAUUUUGUAUAUAUUUAGACUGAUAUUUUUCAACGUUAUCUUCUAAUUGCUAAUUCAGAACUGAAUGUUCUGUCAAAAUAAUCUUGUACAUAAAAUCUAUUGUUUAAUAAAUUGUACAGUAUUUCAGUACUUUUUUACUUAUGUUUUUGACCUCUAAAUUCUUAUAUCUUUUGAUUCAGUCUUGACUCUUAAUUGUAUUGAAUGAAGAUUCUUGUUUUUGACUAAAUACAAAUGUUUUUGUGGAAAGUAUUCCGAUUUAUUUCUUUUAACAAAAAUCAUAUUGCAUAUAUACUGUUUCGCAGUAUAAUAAUUCUGUUGGUGUCUACAAAAAGUUUUAUAUAUAUAGAAGUGACUCGGAACACUUAUCUUCGAAAUAUAACCAUCAGUUUUCUUUCCACUAGUUUGAUCCUUGAAUACUUAUCAUGUUCUAUACAAAGAUGGUAAGUUAGUCAACGAGAAUAUGAAGGGUAUUUUGGAUUUACGAUCAUGAAUACGUUCUUGGUCAUUGUUAUUAAAGACUUUAACUAUUACCUUCACAGCCAUGACUAUUUGAACUCGGUCGAUAACACUUUGGCGAUUGAAUUGAAAGGUAUUAAAUUCGAGUCCCAGUUUGGAUCAUCAGUACUAGAAUGUAGGUACAUUUAGGUAAUGAGGAGGAUCCGAUUGCUAGCAAAAAUCCAACCUUACUAAAAUAAACAAUGUCAUUCUUUUUGAAAGAUCGUUGUUGUGUACACAAUAGCAAUACUUUUUUCUGAUGUAGCGGUGACGAGCUUUUCCCACAUUUCUGAAAUCUAUGAUGCCAACAACUCACUUCUGUGAACAUUGAAAAUAGUGAGUUUGAGAGUUGUAAUCGACUCGAGCUAAGCUUGAUACAUUUACCAUUAUCUGUUAACAUUAAUCCUAUUACUACUUCUACUACCGUGGGAUUUGCCUUGAUAAUUUCAUCUGCCUGAGCAUCUUAGAUAAAUACAUACAUGUGGAUCGAUGAAUUCUAUCCACCUUUCUAGUUAGCUGAAUACCUCAAACCAAUCCUUGGUACUCUCGUACUUUUUUACUAAUAGGAUUAGUCAGUCAGUCAGUAACAACGUAGAACUUCGUACGUACUUUUCUAACCUAAGCUAUUAAUGAGAUGUUUGUUGACAACAGAUCUGUUAAACCUGGUGUGGCCCUCAUUUCGUGAAUAAUGCACAAGUUCAAUAACCAAGUCUUUAAACCAGAUAUAAAUCACUUUUAUGGCGCAAAAGAUUUUGUGUCGAGUCUCGUUACAUAAAGCGACUCAUGUUUGGUUGGCGUUAUCAUGUAUUCUGACGUUCGUUCAUAUACAGCUUUCUGCAUUAAUUAUUCUACUACAUUAACCAUAUCCAUACAGACGGUAGAUUACAAUUUACAUGAAUUUCGCUUCGUUAUAACAUCUUGAAGUAGUCGAAUACACUGGAAAAUGAGUGAUUUUUACGAUAAGUAACGCGUACGGGAAUAGUCCUGGGAUAGUGUACAUCACGGCUAUUGAAUAUUUAGAAUGCCUCAAAUUAUAUAGCUUCCUGAUGUUCGUUGAUAUAUGGGAGCUCUAACGAACAAGGAAUCAUCGGUAAUUUUACAAUUCACAUUGUUCCACUGACUUUUACUACCAUCCGAUUAGCUACUUUCGUUUUUGGUUUGCUCUUUUUGUUAUAUGUGUCCACGUUAUAUAAGCAGUUGUAUCUUAGUUUUAAUUUAUUGAACAUCAUUCCUGGAUCCCUGUCUUUUCAGUCGCUUACAGGAUAACUGUUAUUGAGGUGUUGCGGGGAUCAAUUUUUAAGCUCUCUGAAACGUACAGAUCCUGCAAUUUUGAGGACAUUUCACAAUUGUUUAUAGUUCGGAAUAAUCGUAAGCCAUCUCAAAGUAACGCUGGAUCUGUGCUUUAAGUGAAGAAAAUAAGUAUUAAUUACCGGGAUCGGUAGGUAACCAAGCUAGAACCAUUUUUCGUAGACUAUAAAUACGGUAUAGUACCAUUUGACAACCUACAUUUUGAAAAUCUAUUUUUUUAUUUACUGUUGGGAUAUUCAGGAAAAUAUCCCAAAAAUUAUUCUAUUAAGUCUAAUGCUAUUCUUGGACUUGGAGAUGGUAUUAUUCUCUUAUUGGUCAGUGCUUAUUUCACGUGUCAUUUUCCUACUGGUCAAUAUUGUACAAUGUUAUUUUCUAUUUUAUGGCACGAUGUGGUCUGCUUGAUUAGUAUAUAAACAGAGUGUGUUUGAAAUAUAAUGAUUCAUAUAUCCGAGGCUGACUUGUGUUCUGGACUCAACUGACUGGGCUAGACAGGGAAGCGGGGCCAAUCAGAACCCUAGGUCGUUCUACGUGUUUGUGCGUCUUUGGUCCGAUCAAUAAUUCGCUACCCCUUAAUCCGCGGCAUUUUCACUAAUGAGUCUCAAUAUUCCACAUAAUUUAAUACUCAUUAUUUAUUCUAUUCAGUGCUAACCAGAUUUUAAGAAACCCAACUACCUGUUAAGUUCUCAAUUAAUAUUAUUUCUCUCUCACCCUAUCUGACCCGUAUUUAUUCUGAUCAUGGAUCUUAAAUUUCACUCAACAUAAAUGCAUAUUCAAGUUAACAUUCUAUAUGAGUCAUAUCAACAUUAACAAUUUUAUUGUAUUUUGUUUAACAAUCCUAAAUUCACAUGUUUUAAACGAUGUACUUUACCCUUAACCUGGCCAUUUUUCAGA